AUGGCGCGGUUGAAAGUGCUCAUUUGCGGUGGCGGCGUAGCCGGAAACGCUCUGGCGUUCUGGCUCAACAAACUCGAUCACGAUGUCACGAUCGUAGAGUGGUACCCAGACUUGCGAGUAACCGGGCUACAGAUUGACCUGCGCGGAUACGGCAUUGAGGUUCUGAAACGAAUGGGCCUCGACGACGAGUUUCGCGCCCAUGCCGCAAAAGAGGAAGGCCUAAAGGUGAUGUCGAGCUCUGGGAAGCAGUGGGCAUACUUCCCGGCGAACAAGAGCGGCAAGGGCAAGCAGACCUUCACAUCGGACUACGAGAUCAUGCGGGGUGACCUUACCAGGAUCUUCCACAAUGCUUCAAAGGCCAAGAUCUUGUUCGGAACUUCUGUCAAGAGCUUUGAGGAGAAAGGCGACUCAGUCGAGGUCGUGUUCUCCGAUGGCAAGGCUGACCGAUUUGAUCUCCUGGUCGGCGCAGAUGGGCAGUGGUCACGCACUCGCAACAUGAUGAUCGAACGGGACACUCCAGAUCCGAUGCAUUUCCUUCGCCACAAUGUCUAUAUCGGCUACUACACCAUGCCAAAGGAGAUCGAGCCAGGCGAAACAUACGACGCCACGAUCUUCCCAGCGACCAGGGGCAGGCUUAUCAUAAUGCGGAGGAGCAACCCCCAUCAGAUCCAGGUAUACCUACAAUUGAUGUACACGGCAGCCACAGAGCGAUUGAGACAAGCCCAUAGGGGCGGGGUCGACGGCGAGAAGGCUGCCAUGGCUGAGAUUUUCCAGGGUGCUGGAUGGCGGACAGAAGAAUUUCUCAAAGGAUUGGAGAAGUCAGAUGAUUUCUACCUCGAGCGCCUCGGCGUCGUCAAACUCGAUUCUUGGUCCAGGGGACACGUCACACUCGUUGGAGAUGCCGCGCACUGUCCCUCUGCAGUGACGGGGAUGGGCACGACGUCGGCUAUUGUUGGGACCUACAUACUGGCGGGAGAAAUCGACAAGCACUGUGGAAGGCUUGGAACCAACGAUGGCCUCGCCGUCGCGCUCAAGGAGUAUGAUCAGAAGCACCGGCCUUUCGUGAAUCAUGUUCAAGAGGGUGUUGUGGAAGGAUCCAGGUUCUAUGACAUCUUUCCCACAUCGUGGUGGGGGAUUGCUGUUCUAAACUUCUUGCUUUGGGUGAUAACAGUUUUGAGAUUGGAUGUCAUUGGGCAAUGGGCUUUUCGGGAGGCCGACGAAAGUCAAUGGCAGCUCCCCGAAUACGAAGAGAUGCUAAGUAAGGUCAAAUAG